AUGACCUUAGUGGACUUGAAGGAGGGGAACAUAUUGCCCAUCAUGUUGAGCGUACAGCAACAGCAUCAUCACCACAAUCUCCACGGCUCUUCGGCGACCAGUGCACAAACACACCGUGGCAAUGUGAUCGUUUCCACCAGCAGCAUGCCGGCGAACGACAUCAAGAUACAGCAACACGGUUGCAAGCGGUCCAAGCUGUACGGCCAGGCUACCGGACCCUACGGUACCGUUCCUCAUCAGCCGGCCUCGGUCGCGAGAAGAAACGCUCGUGAACGGAAUCGUGUGAAACAGGUGAACAACGGAUUCGCCACGUUGAGGCAGCACAUACCCCAAAGUGUGGCACAGGCACUCGGUGGAAAUACAACCGGUACCCACGGUGGUUCCAGAACCGGUAGCAAAAAGCUGUCCAAGGUCGAGACGCUAAGGAUGGCGGUCGAGUAUAUCAGGAGUCUUCAACGUCUUCUGGAGGAGCACGACAGUGGUUCGGAUGUCACAAGUGUAUCGUCACCGACUUCGUCGCCACCGUCCUCCGCCUCUUCGGCAUCGUCUACGUGUAGCUCUACAAACGGAGUCGGUAAUUCUCCGGAGUUGAGACUUCGCGGGAACGUAAACAACAACGACAUGCACCGACAUCAACAUCUGAGACAAAAUCCUAGCCCGACGUUCGUGCCAGCACCAUGUUCCGAGGCCUCGAGUUCGCCAACGCCGAGUUUCGUCUCCGAGGCGUCGUCAGCUGGCAGCCAAGGGUACGGAACAUCGGGCACACUCUACGUCCCGCGUUCCGAUAAUUACGACAAUUACGAACCGAUGAGCCCCGAGGACGAGGAACUAUUGGACGUCAUAUCUUGGUGGCAACAGAGUCAAUGA